CAUCAUCAUUGUACCAUUUUCCGGUUCCAGCACCGGAGAAUUGGGCUUGUUAUUUUUUUAAAGAGGAAAGUGAUCGAGGUUCCGAUUUUCACCCGCUGAUCCACGCGCAACACACACCCGGAUGAAAGCUUUUUGUUGGGCACCAUCGUAGCACACAGAGGAAGGAGUGUUGUUCUUCGUUGACAGUGUACAUCGCAGGGUGUAUGGGUGUGUGUGUGUGUGCACGUGCGGUUGUGUGCGUGUGUGCGUAUGCAAGUGUGUAAUGUGUGUGUCUGUGCAGUUUAUUUUUUCGUUCCGGAAAAGAUUAAUUUUCUCAGGGACAUCAACCACCAGCCGUGAGGAUUGUUGUGGAGAAAGUGUUAUCCCAUUAGAAAAUGAAAGAUAAAAUAAGGAUUGAGCACUAGUAGAAAGAACAAAUAGUUGGCAUAACGCCUCCGGAUAAGACUACUGGUGGAAAGUGACCACCGGAAGCGUGGAACACCCAGGACAAAAACUCAGUUGGCUUCGUUCAAGGGAUGCAGAAAUGAUCAAUACAUGGCUUGCACUUGGAAGGACAGCGCGACAAAAGCAUACGAUUGUUUAACACAGGACGACGCUGAGAAUGGCAGGAAGAAAGGCGACGGUUUUGCGCGUGUGUUGAUUCCUGUACACGAAUUUACUGCUGCUAAGUUGUCCCUGCGCUGGCCGAUCACCAGUACGAUAGGCCAUCACUAUCGCCACUAAUCGUAACGGACAUUCGCAAAGUAUGGUAAUGACAUCGAGGACAGAGUAGUAGGAGACCUGUAUUGAUUAUUCAUUGGUGAAAAAGCCUACCACCAAACGCCGCCACUUUCGUUGCCUACGCCGUUGUGCGAAAGUAAACAAUUCAGCCAACAAAACGAGACUACUAAUACGCGUCAGUAAGCGUAUACGGUGUCGGUUGGCGUGUUUACAAGCAACGAGGGUAACGAGAGCGAAAGGGAUAACCAGAAGAGAGAGAGAGAGAGGAGAGGGGAAAAGGGUCGAAAGAACGGACACUUUUAAGAGGAAAAACAACACGAAACCCGUACUCCGCUUGACGCCGUAGAAUCAAAUGUGUUGCUGGAAAUGAUUUGUAACGAGGACGUCGUCAAUUGGUUCAGAGAUCUGAAGAGCUACAGCAGAAUAGACACCAUGUGCAUCAUGCUGAACAUGUGCCUUCCGUUCGAGCUGCGGUUCCUCGGUACGUACCUGGAGGAGCUCGGCCGGCGGGACGCACCGGAGUUGCGCGGGGCUGAGCUGAAGGUGAACAACCCGCAAGAGUUUAUCGCCGACAUCGCGUCCGGCGAGCCGACCGAUCAACGGAUCCGGCGCAAGAUGGCCCUGUUUCUGGCGCUGUACCGUGCCUGCAACCAUGCGUACGCCAACGAGCUGUUCAAAACGCUCGAAGGUUGGGGUGCCCGGACGGAUCUGCAGCGACUGUUCGAGGAGGAUGAUCAGCAGGAGCUGCUGCUGGUGUACACGAUGGCGACCAACCAUCCGGUGUUUUCGUUCGAGCAACGGUUGCACUGUGGUGAAAUUUUUACCAAGCUAAAAUCGUGGGAAACGAAAACCAGCCGCGAGGAUGUGACGUUGGAGCAGCAACAGCAGCAGCAGCAGCAGCAGCAUCAUGCGCAACAUCAUCAGCACCACCAGCAGCCACCAUCGCAGCAUCAUUCGAUGGAUUCGUUGCAUAGCAACAGCCCGCAGCAGUCGCCGAUACAGCAACAGCAGCAGCAACUACUCCAUCAACCGCAGCAUCUGCAAAAUUCGACGCCACCUCCCGCUGUUCCACCGCCUGGAACGGCAACAAUUCACGCACUGCCACCGAAUGCGGCCAUUACGAUGCAAAACCUUCCGCAAGGUCCUGCAUCGCUCGGUCAACCGAUCACGCUUACCUAUGCGGGAUUGCCAGGAUUGGGCCAGACGAUUGCUACCGAUGCCACACUGACUCCUACGCAUUAUCUUGAACCGUUGCAUGCGUUGCCGGUGCAGACAGACUUUACGAUUCCUCCGCCAGGACCACCAGCAGGAACUGUAUCGUCACGAUGGGUUCAAAACGUUUACCCUCAGAUAUCCUUUCCACCGCCGGCAUCAUCCCCACACAUGAGCAAUCCCUCGUCACCGAUACAAAGCCGUACGACAAGUCCAACCCGCAUCCAUCCGAGCAGUGUGCAGCAUCGAAUUAGCCGAAAUCAGCAGAAUGAUCAGCAGCAGCAGCACCAGCAGCACCAGCAACAACAGCAACAACAGCAGCAGAACCAAUCGCAAAUGCAAAGCCUAAAACCUGUUGAUGAGGACCAGACAAUGGUGAUGCUGAGUCAGAUGCAGCUCCGAAACGGCAUGCGCCAGACGCAUAACACGUUGCCCCGACAAUCCAAGCAGAACUAUGUCAGUCAGCUUCCGCCAUAUCAUCAUCAACAGCAGCAGCAGCAGCAGCAGCAGCAACAUCAUUCGCAGCGGGACAGUGGGAUGUUUCACACGGCAAACUACAACCUAAAGGGCGGCAUGAUGAUGGACAUCUUGAACCAUCAACCAAACUCAACGGGCAGCGAUUCGGGUAGUUCGAUUGGAUCGACGGGCGAAGUUUCGCCACCGGAAACGCCCGGAGUUGUGCCGCCGACCAGCAUGCCCACGAUUCCACACCUCCGCUCAAAUCAGUCGAACAACAACAUGCGCAACAUUAACGGGCGGCCAGAAAAGCAAUAUCCCUCGAUGACAUAUUCGCAGCUCCAUCAGCAGCACCAGCAAAGUGUUGCCCAUCAGCAGCAACAGCAGCAGCAGCAGCAACAGCAGCAGCAACAGCAGCAGCAACAGCAACAGUUUGCCGGCGCUGAUCUAAUGGUCACCAGUACGGGGCAAACUUUUCUCACCACCGGCACGACCAACGGAGGUGCUACGAUGAGUAGCACCGGCAACAAUGGAGGUACCGGCAGUGGAGUUGUGUCCGGACAGGUGUUAAUCAAUCAGGCCACCCAGCAGGGCCAGUUUGUGUACGCCGGUGCGCCAGCAUCCUUUCCGCAGGUAAGCGUAUCGCAUCGGUCCGUUACCAAUGCAGCCCUUCCGCAUGGUACCGCAUACCGGACGGCGCCGGCCUAUGCGCAGGCAAUUCAAUCGCAGCAACCACAACAGCAACCGACCGCCGAACCGAUACUGUAUCAGUAUCAUCCGACAGCGGUGGUAGCGGCUGCCGGUGUGCCUGGACAGACCGUGGUAGCAAACAGUGCGAUACCGUAUCUCCCGCCGCAGCAAACCUCCUCGACGGUGGCCAGCACGCAGACCAAUCUGCCCGGUGCGGUACGAUCAUCACCCUCGCCACAGAUUGGUUUACUGCAGCAGAGCAAGGUGCAGACGGGAAGCGGCUCAGUGGUUGCUUACGGCGCGACCACAACACUUCCGUACACCAGCAGUGCGCCAUCGUGUUACAACUGUGGUUCGCUCAAGCAUACCGGCCUAGACUGUCCCGAAGCGUCGAUGGAGGAUAUGACGCGUACGUCGAAUUUUACGCUCGAUUACAACACGAUAAGCACGAACAGUGCAACGUCACCGGGAACGGUAACAACGCCGACGACCGCUUCAAUACCGCCGGUGGUUGGUGGAACGGGAAAUAGCAAUAACAACCAGACGCCCGGUACGGUCCCGGUAGUUGAUCUGACCACCGUAUCGGCCAAUGUGUCAUCGACCGAAAGCAGCAGUACGAGCAGUAGCACCAGCAGCAACAGCAACAGCAGCAGCAGCAGCAGCAGCACCGGUAGCAAUACUAACAGCGGUAAUGGUAAUAGCAAGAGCAACAUUACGACCAGCCUCAGCAGCAGCAGCAGCAGCAGCAGCAAUAUGAUUAGUGCCAGCAGUAACAACAAUAACAACAACAACCAUCACCUUCACCAUCAGCAUCAUCUUCCGCACCAUCAUCAUCAUCAUCAUCAUCAUCUCCACAACCACGGCAAUAGUGGCAGCGUGAGCAGCAGUAGCAGUAACAGCAAUAACAGUUCCAUGGACGUGCCCCUGACGGGCGGCCUGUUGCCGGUGGAUGCUGUUAGCGGCGGUGGCAGCAACAGCGGUAGCAACCCCAGUUCCGGCACCAGCACUAGUGCCGCCGGAGGUGGUGGCGGCAACGCUGGCGGUAACAGCAACAGCGCUGCCGGUGGUGGCGGUAGUAAUAAUAGUAGCAAUCUCGUUAGUGCUAGCGGUAAGUGAUAAUCAUUGGAGAAGGGUAGAGUAAUCCGGUCGAAUCGAUCCGUUCUGGCGCUAGCAGCGGUGGCUGCAUCUGUUGCGGCCGCAGCGGCACUUCUUCGUUCGUUUUCCUUGUCCUUGCUCACUCGUUCGCUGCAUUCUGUCAAUGGUACGACGGACCACAGUGCUUGAACCAGCAGUGAAGUUCAGGCCAGUCUGGGGGGUUAGCAGUAGUCGACGGGGGGAUGCAUGAUGAGGCGGUCGGAAGGCAGACGGUCUUGUCUUCUUUCUGCCGAUCUCCACCAAUAUUGAUCGCUAAUCCAGCUCGUUCGAACUGGGAGCCGAAUGCGUCUCACCGUUUGCACGAUUGAAGAUCACCCCUUUCAGUGCACCACCGAUCGUGUGAUCGUGUCGUUUUUUGGGCCUGCUCUAUCAACGAUCGCGGACACAGAACCGCCUUUGGGGUCGAGCGAGGUUCGAAAACGAUUGCUUACUUAGUCCGCGUAUAUGUGUAACACAUCUAACGAUAGCCAUGAUUUGUGUCUCCUCUCUGGGCUUGAUCGAACAGUUGUAGGGGUAUGCAUAGCAUGGACUGUGUGCGUGUGUAAAUCUUCCCCAUUUUAUCUUUUAGUAACGACGACGUUUAGCAUUAGGUAGGAUAGGACGGUUUUUAUACUUGAGCAAACUAUAGCCUGACACACACACACACAUACACACACACACACAGACACACAAGCGGAUAUCGAAAUCCUGCUUGAGAUGGAAUGGUAAGCCGAGUUCGCCCUUUAAUUGGCUUUAUUUUAAAGGAAAGGACCCUUACGUAAAUACGCCCUUUUAUGUAAGCUUUGAUAAGCGUUUUGAUUAUGAUAACGACACUCGAUGCAAGGCAUGGCCGAUGCUUUGCUGCUCAUCAUUAUGAUUGAUUUAUGUGUGUGUGUGUGUUCGUAUAGUUUUAGUCUAAGUUUCGGACAUUUGUUUACAAUCCUCAAAAGUGAACUGUUUGCACUAAAUUUUGUGCCAUCGUGGAAUGAACACACACAUUACGCUCGUGCUGUGUGUGUGUGUUUGCUGUUAUCGAACGUUUGCACACUUAAUGUUUGCAACUUUUUGCAAAGGAUCAGUUCUUGUGUUUUAUCAUUUAUAUUUUUUUGUAUUUUAAUAUUUGUUUUUUAUUCAUGUUCGCGUUUUGGUUGUGUAGGGCAAGACAGGAGGGAGGGCGAGGGAGAGCGAGAAACAAGAGGACAAUUUUAUGUAAGUAGCUUAAGAGCAAUGACUUAUAGCUAGUUAAACGACGUUUGUUUAUGCUACGACAUGACGAACAGAGCAAGUAUUGGAUGAUAAUAAAGUCGAUCGGGUGUUGGUUGUGGAGUUCUCGGAAAAUAA